UGCAGCGCUUCUCACGCAUGCGCAGUCCGCAGGCUCUGGUCAUCUCCUGUACUGUCUGCAGUCUCUUGGUCAUCCUCUGUACUGUCUGCAGUCUCUGGUCAUCCCCUAUACUGGCUGCAGUCUCUGGUCAUCCCCUAUACUGUCCGCAGUCUCUGGUCAUCUCCUGUACUGUCUGCAGUCUCUGGUCAUCUCCUGUACUGUCUGCAGUCCCUGGUCAUUCCCUGUACUAUGUCCACAGUCUCUGGUCAUCUCCUGUACUGUCUGCAGUCUCUGGCCAUUCCCUGUACUAUGUCUGCAGUCUCUAGUCAUCUCCUGUACUGUGUCCGCAGUCUCUGGUCAUCUCCUGUACUGUGUCCACAGUCUCUGGUCAUCUCCUGUACUGUGUCAGCAGUCUCUGGUCAUCCCCUGUACUGUGUCAGCAGUCUCUGGCCAUCUCCUGUACUGUGUCUGCAGUCUCUGGUCAUCUCCUGUACUGUGUCCGCAGUCUCUAGUCAUCUCCUGUACUGUGUCCGCAGGCUCUGGUCAUCUCCU